CAAAGAGAAGAGUGGAGUUCCCCUGUAACUCUUUGUCUGUUUGGUUCUCUCCAUCCAUCCUUGCAUCUCUUUCAUUUCCUCAAGGAUAUCCUGUGUUUCCCCGAAAGCAGAUAUGAGUUUCUACAGGCACUCAGGCCCCCGCAGCUAUCUGAGCUCCACCAUGACCGAGCGUUUCGACUGCUUCUACUGCAGAGACAACCUGCAGGGCAAGAAGUACGCCAAGAAAGAUGACAAGCCUGUGUGCGUGCGCUGCUUCGACAAGCUCUGCGCCAACACUUGCGCUGAGUGUCGCAAGCCUAUAGGUGCUGAUGCAAAGGAGCUGACCCAUAAGAACCGCCACUGGCACGAGGGCUGCUUCCGCUGUGCCAAGUGCUACAAGCCGCUGGCCAAUGAGUCUUUCGCUGCCAAGGAUGACGGCAAGAUCAUGUGUGGGAAGUGUGGAGACCGUGACGGAUCGUCUCGCUGCCAGGGCUGCUACAAAGUGAUUACGCCAGGAUCUAAGAAUGUGGAGUACAAGCAUAAAGUCUGGCAUGAAGAGUGUUUCAUCUGCUUUGAGUGCAAGCAGCCAAUCCGCAGCCAGAGCUUCCUGACCAAGGGUGACGAUAUGUACUGCACUGCCUGCCAUGAGAAGAAGUUUGCCAAGCACUGUGCCCGCUGCAAAGAGGCCAUUAGCAGUGGUGGAAUCACCUAUCAGGACCAGCCCUGGCACUCCGAGUGCUUUGUGUGUAACACAUGCAAGAAACCUCUGGCUGGAGCUCGUUUCACGGCCCAUGAAGAUCAGUUCUACUGUGUGAACUGCUAUAAGGCUGAUGUGGCCAAGAAGUGCUCUGGAUGUCAAAAUCCCAUUACAGGCUUUGGCAGAGGGACCAACGUGGUGAACUACGAGGACAAAACCUGGCAUGAAUACUGCUUUAAUUGCAAAAAAUGCUCCCUCUCCAUGGCCCACAAGCGCUUUGUCAUCAACGGAAAUGACAUCUACUGCUCUGACUGUGCCAAAAAGCUGUGAGGGCCUGAUACGGCUGAUUAAUGAGCAAUUAACAUAGAAAUGAUGAAAUAGUUAGCGAAGCUUUGAGUGCUCAAGUAAAGAGAAACCAGUGAGGGAGUUUGCAUUGAUAAAUCAUUGGAAGAUUUGAGUUCUUGGAACAGAUGAGUGCUAUAUGAAGGGCUUUUCUUAUGCAAAACAUGUUACUGCAAUCAUAAAUGCAAUCGCUGGAUUUACAAACCUAACCAUGCAUUUUAAGCUUCAGCUGUUGCAAAGCUAUGGUGAAACUGUGUGAUGUUACAAUAGGAAUACAACAUGCAUUGCAAAAUGCAUUAUUUCAGUAAACUCAUUUUGCUUCAUGAAAACAAAAAUGGCUUGUUUGAUUAGUUUCUAGAUAAUUCCUUUAAAAUGUUGCAAUUAUGCAUGUCGUUGUGUUAAAAAAGACAAAAAGCCCCCCAAAAAAUUAAUAAACGGAUUCAAACCAUUGUGCAUGAAACAAUAAAUGACUCCAAACAUUU